UUUUUUUUUUCUUUUUUACUCUGUUUUUUUCUUCCACCCCUCAUUGAACCACUUGAGCCUGGAGCAGAUGGAAAGAUUGUAGUGGGGAGGAAAAACUAAGCGAGCAGCAGCAGAGAGAGAGAGAGAGAGAGAGAGAAAGAGAGAGAGAGAGAGAGAAGGAUUGGAUGAAGCCAUGCAGAGAGUGAAGCAGCCCAGCAACGAUGCUUGAUGAACUGAACCACUGACCACCAGAAAGCUUUAAUUCUACCCAGAAGGGGAGUAAGACAGGACAGUUCUGAGGGGAGACAUCAACUCAUCUGUUCCAUCUGCUGGGGGCAAAACACCAGCCCAGGACGUGGAGAUAAAAAAAAAAAGAAGGAAAGACUUAGAAAGGAGAGAGGCACAGAGGUUGAAGGAGAUGAUUAGAGGGACCAGAUAGUGAAGAAACUAGUCAAACAAGUCAGAGGAUCGCUUCAGGUGUGUCCGCAAAGACUGUGUCUGGAAAGGAAAGCGGUGACACAAGAGGGUCAAGAGAAGAAGAAGAAGAAGAAGAAGAAGCUGCAGCAAGUGAAACAAAAGACUUAGAAAAGCAGUCCGAAGUAGAGAAAGACGGUGCCAUUAGACGACGAGGAUGGCCAACUCAGGUCUCCAGUUGUUGGGUUACUUCCUGGCUUUGGGCGGAUGGAUCGGCAUCAUCUCCACCACCGCCUUGCCGCAGUGGAAGCAGUCGUCGUACGCCGGCGACGCCAUCAUCACAGCCGUGGGUCUGUACGAGGGGCUGUGGAUGAGCUGCGCCUCCCAGAGUACGGGGCAGGUGCAGUGCAAGAUCUUUGACUCCAUGCUCUCGCUGGACAUCCACAUCCAGACGUGUCGGGCCUUGAUGGUCAUCUCAGUUCUACUGGGUUUCAUGGGCAUCAUCAUCAGCGUGGUGGGCAUGAAGUGCACCAAAGUGGGCGAUAACAACCCAGCCACCAAAAGCCGCAUUGCUGUGACCGGAGGAGCUCUAUUCCUGCUUGCAGGUCUAUGUACACUGGUGUCUGUGUCCUGGUACGCCACUCAGGUGUCCUAUCAGUUCUUCAACCCAAAUACGCCGCCCAAUGCCAGGUAUGAGUUUGGCUCCGCCCUCUUCGUGGGCUGGGCGGCGGCCAGUCUGACGGUACUGGGCGGCUCCUUGCUGUGCUGCUCCUGCUCCAAAGACGACAUGCGAGGGCAGCAAUAUUACCGCCAAUCACAGCCUUCCACAGCCAGGGAUAGUAAAUCUGCUGAGUCCGUCUCCUAAAUGUGUCCCCAUGGACCACGAUCUACUGCAGACCAAAUGUUAAAAGUACCCCACCAGAGAAAAGGGAGCAGUACUUGUAGUUUGGGAGAGUCUUCUGGCCUUACCAUGGUUUAGAUUCUGUCACCAGACAAAACCCUUCUCACUGAGGAAUUCAAAACAGACAAAACACACACCAUUAAAGCCAACUUUAACAAUUCACGAACCUUGCAAGAACAUAAAAUUGAACCUACAAAACCAUAUAUGGAGUUUUGACAAAAUUGUCUGUUUUGUUGACUUUGGGAGAAACAGUCAUUCAGGGUAUGUUUUCUAUAACAUGUUAAAAUGCCCAGGUGUAUAUACCACCAAUUCUAUUCUCUCUUCUUUUUUUUUUUUUUUUUUUACUACUUAUAUAAUGUUUUACUACAGUGCCUUAUAACAUGUUUGUGCACAUGUAUGUUUUUGACGACGGUAUCCCAUCCACAUCUAAGGGAUGCGUCUCUGUAAUUCCACUGCCACUUUCGUCUAUUGUUGGCAUUUCAUUGGCUUUCUGAAAAUGAAUGUGAAGCUACUUUACGGUACCGCUUUCGAAACGACAAAAACAUACA